GAAGGCAAUGAUCUUUAAUUUGAGCUGAGCAAUGUCGAUCAUUUAACCGUUGUAAUAACUUUUGUCUUAAUUGUAUUUUUUAGUUUCUUUCUUCCGGAUAUUUUUAAAAUAUACAGCCUUGAUUUUACCGGUCGAAAUGAACGACUGUUUUAAAGGAGAUGUUGAGGAGGCCAUACAAACUCAUCUUGAUAUUCUGUCAGAAAAAUCUCAGUUUGCUGUAAGUUUAAAACAGGAUAAAGGGUUGUUCAACAAAAUAAGCAUCCUGCAUCUUACUGAUAUUGAUGUUCCAGUGUCCCUAAAUAAUGUGUCGAAGCUUGUUCAAGCUGCUUCCAAGAGCAGUCCAGAAGCAAAAAGUUCUCCUUGUGUAAAGUAUGGACAAAUGUGGCAGAUCCGUCAGUGUGAGGCACUUAAAGCUCAAAGUGAAAAGUGGUCUGACCUUUUACCAGAGUUAACAAACAAAAUGUUAUUACUCAUGGGCCUAAACCCUUUGGUUGUAAAGGUCAAAACCAUCUUACGAGACUUUUUCAUUUGUGGUACUGAUGGCUUAGCAAAAUUUUGUUUCAAGAAGAGAAUGCUGGAUUUAUUAAGAUGA